UCACCAACUCAGCUGUAGCCUGUAGCCUGUAAGCCUGUAAAAUUCUAUUUGGUACACAUACAUAUUAUAAUGUUAGUGUUUAGCUUGUGAUUAAUUUGCGUAAAAUAAUUGAGUACAGGAUGUUUAACUUAUGAAGACAGUAGAUACAAUAAAUAUUCAUCUAUUCACCCAGAGUUUUCGUGAGAUGUGUUUCAAAUUUAUAGUUAGAUACUUGAAACAGUAAACAUGAAGGGAUUGUUUUUAUAUUUUGUGUUUAAUCUAUUCGGAACCAUCCUUUGCAUAGAACAAGACUUUAAAGGAUUUGAUGAUAGUAUUUUAUUUACAAUAAAUUGGCCAGGAUCUCCAGAUACACUUGAAAAUCUUGUCGAUAAAGAAAUAAAACCUGAGGAAAAUGAAAUUUUACAAGUGACAACCACACACAAGGAACAAUAUGAGUGUCGUCUACCAAAACUGCAAAAUAAAGUGACAACAAGUAUUGAAGACUAUGAUGGACCUACACCAUUUGAACUGUUGAAGCCGAUAUUCUCACAGAAGAUUUGCUCCUAUCGUUUGGAGAGUUAUUGGAGCUAUGAAGUGUGCCAUGGUCGGCAUGUUAGACAGUAUCAUGAAGAUAGAGAGGGAAAAGAAGCAAAAACCCACGAAUAUUAUUUGGGCCGUUGGUCCGAAGAGGAGCAUUUAAAAUUGGGUGAAGAAAUUAAAGCAGCUCAGGCAGCUAGAGAGAAACUAAAAACAACUAAAGUGGAGGGAACAACAUUGCCGUAUGUGGAAAUGGUUAUGAGUGAUGGUACUAUAUGUGACUUGAGCGGCCAACCGCGUAAAACAAGAAUAUUAUACGUGUGCUACACGCACGGCAAGCACGAGAUAUAUUCUAUGAAAGAAACGACAACAUGCGAGUAUGAAAUCAUAAUACUCUCUGGAUUGCUCUGUGACCAUCCGCAGUUCAAAUCGAAGGACGUAUCUGAGAACGAAAUAAAUUGUCUCCCAAUUGGCGAUGCGCCCAAAAAACCGAGGAAUCUGUUGAAAAGUGAAGUGGAAAGCAUGAAGCUAAACCACCAGUCAAUAAGAUUAAGCAGCAAUGAGAAGGAUGCUAAAGAUGUUCUCGCUGUAUUGAAAGUUGAGAAAAUUGAUAAGGACGGCGAGACGCACUUAAAGUUUGAACUGCAUCCCAUAUCUGAGGAGGGUGAAGUCGCUCAGCAAAGUAAAGCCCCACCACUUAUUGACAAGCCGGCCCCGAUAACCGACGAUUCGCCUGUGCGAGCUUUUCUCAAUGGGGAGAACUGUUUGGAUGGGGGCACCGGCUGGUGGAAGUACGAGUUCUGCUACGGGCGGCACGUGGCGCAGUACCACGUGGACCGCGCGGGCGCGCGCACGUCGCUCACGCUCGGCCACUUCGACGAGCGCGCGCACCUCGACUGGAUCAAGGAGAACCGGGGGAAGGCGCCGAAGCCCGUCGGUGAGGCCCAUACCCUUCUCCUUACCCUGCCCACUCCUUUUCUUUAUUCCGCCCUGCAAUCCUUUCUUGGUCCCUUUCCAAAGUACCAAUGUACCGUAUCAAAGGAUCGGUGAGGCGGUGUUCUUGUU